AUGAAAAAGCGUCUCUCCGAGGAUCCAAGUCAGUUGAAAAAAGAUUCCGAAGCGUUUUGUCGAAAUGAGUAUGUCGGAUGGUUUGUUCUCGUUUGCACUGGACUCGUCGAUAAUUACUUUUCUUUG